GAGGGCGCAAAGACGGAAGAGGGUGAGCUGCACGGAUCUUCAGAGCUGAGAUGUACCGGUCCACGAAAGGAGCCUCCAAGGCACGGCGGGAUCAAAUCAAUGCGGAGAUUAGGCAUCUCAAGGACCUGUUGCCCAUUGCUGAAGGGGAUAAACUUCGGCUGUCUUAUCUGCAUAUCAUGUCGCUGGCAUGCAUCUAUACUCGGAAAUCCAUCUUCUUCUCCAAAGGUGCGACUUUGGAAGGUUUGGAGAGCUUGCUUUCUUCCCAGGACUUAGAAGAUUUCAUGAACACCCUUCCAGGUUUCCUUGUGGCAUUCACUGGAGAAGGCAAACUCAUCUACGUGUCGGAGAAUGUGGCUGAGCACCUAGGGCAUUCCAUGGUGGAUUUAGUUGCCCAAGGAGACAGCAUCUACGAUAUCAUUGACCCGGCAGAUCAUUUUGUGAUGAGGAAUCAGCUGGCAUUGCCUUCCCCAGUAAAUACCGACCGUCUCUUCCGCUGUCACUUCAACACUUCCAAGACAAUCCGCCGUCAAAGUGCAGGAAAUAAGCUGUUUCUGAUUCGCGGCCACUUCCAUCAACCUCCGCCUGGUUCCUAUUGGUCCACCAAUCCUGUCUUCACUGCCUUCUGCACGCCUCUGGAUCCCAGGCCCAGGAUGGGUCAAAAUUCUUUCUUCCUGUCUGCUUUUGAGAGUCGCCACACAAAGGACUUAGCCAUCGUGGACAUCUCUGAAAGUGUGAUCUUCCACUUGGGCUUUGAGAAAAGUGAGCUCUUCUGCAAAUCAUGGUACGGCUUGAUCCAUCCAGAAGACCUCAGCCACGCUUCGGCCCAGCAUUACCGGCUGUUGGGCGACCAAAGCAACUUGCAAGCUGAAAUGGUCGUCCGACUCCAAACAAAAGUCAGCGUAAGCUGGGUAUGGAUCUACUCACUGCUUCACCUGGAGAAUGCCGAGGCCCCCAUCGUUUCUCACAACUACGUCAUCAGUGACUCAGAAGCUUGGUGCCUCAAGCAGCAGCUCUCUGCCGAAGGAUCCCAAGUGGCUUACGCCCUUGAAAGCACCACCACCUUCCUGCAAGGUCUCCUAUCUCCCGGAGAACUUUCCAGCCCCGAUCAAGUCUUCACGCCCGUGGCGGGCACCCCCACCGGCACCCUGGUUGCCCCGACCUUCGACUUCAGCUCUGCUGGGGGCACCGAAGGCCCCUCGGCCUUCGGCGAGACUUCUGAAAGCCUGCCCCAGGAGGUGAUGGAACCUGGCCAUAUCUCCUCCAUAGAGGACGCCCCGCCAGGGUCCACCCUGAGCCUUCUUGCCAAAGAGCCGGGCUUUGGGUACAUCAUCCUCCCACAAGGCUACAAACAGACUUUCCGAAGCGAGAACCCUGGCAGCUCCUCUUCUUCCCAGGAUUUUGUCUGCACCCCUCCCUACACCCCUCACCAGAGGUCGGCUUUCCUGUUUGGCGCGCAGGAGUUUUAUGGGCCCCACAGCGCCCCUGCUGCUGUGCCCCCCGGGACAGCUUCUCCUGGGGCCACCGGCUCCACCCCUCCCACCACCCUCACUGCUGUGGCCCCCUCCGAGCUGUUCUACACCCAAGAACAAUGCAGUGUUCUCUAUGAGAAAUUACCGCCUACCCCAGACAGCCCUGGUAAUGGGGACUGCACCGUCAUGACAUUGCCCGAGAUCAGAGGUCCCCUGUACGUUGAUGUGCCUAUGGUACCAGAGGGGAUCCUGACGCCAGAGGCCUCGCCCAUCAAGCAGACCUUCUUCAGAUAUUCUGAAAAGGAGAAAAACGAAAUCGAACUGCUGGCCCAGCAGAUCUGCAGCCUGGCAGAGACUUUUGGCUCUGCCACGCCGAGCCCUGUCCCUGAACCGUGCCUGGAUUUCCAACUUCCCAAGACCUGGAGGAGCGUUGACUUCUCUGUCUUGAGCUGCCUGGAGGACGAUCUCCUGGAAGAUAAUGCUCUUGAGACUUUUCUCCAAGACCUGCCAGCCUUUCUGUUCGAGAAAGGUGGAGCAGGAACGAGGUGCCCUCACCACCAGUUCUGCGGUGGCGACGUCAGUAGUCCAAUCGGCUUGGACAGCGAAGAUAGCAGCCAAGGAGCCUUCGCUCCCUCGCCAAGUACGGACUUACCUCCCGACCAGCAAUGCUUUUUGGAAGAACUGGCCUCCUUCGAAACAGCCUUUGAGACACGUGCCUCAAACUCUCCCUGUGAUGGGUUAGAUGAGUUGUAUCAACUCCAGAGCCACAGGCAAGAAGGCUUCCGUGAAGAUGGAAGUGAAAAUGAUCCUUCAUUUUGA